AUGAACCAUGAUCAAGCGUCCUUGAAUGAUGACCGUCUCAAGUUGUUUGAAAAAGCUGUAGAGACAUCAGGACGUUUGACAUUUGAAGACAUGCUGAGCAGUACGGAAUUGGAUCCAGUGAAGCCGUUCCAAGCGAUUCUCAGCGAUCAGAAAAAAGUGAUAUUGCUUAAAGAAGCUGUUAGGGAUGAAGAGCAUUUGAAUAAAUUUAGAUUGGUUUUGGACAGCAAGAGCAGCACGAACAUCAAUUACGAACUCAAGAGCGUUUUGGUUGGUAAGGAAUGGGCGAAGAAAUUCGAUAUGGUGUUAGAGGAUAUGAAUUUAGUGUUUUUUCUAAGGGUGGCUGUAAAGGACAAUGAUCGUGCGAAGUUUAGAGCGGCUUUGGAGGAACAAACACAGUUUCAAGUGUUUGAAGAGACUGAUGCUGGAAUUACAGACGAUGAAGUGGUUGAAGGACAAGGAUACAAACACCGUAUUGGUUCGGUUGAACCAACUGUAUAA